AUGAAAUGGCUCGAUGAGGCCGUGUUGACGGCCCCCGUGAAGUAUAUUGGGUGCAACCCUGUUUACCAAAUCGAUGACUCGGAAGAUGUACGGCUUGCGUUUUACAGGCUUACCCGGAAACGAGACCAUAAGGUUUACUCAUGGUUCCAUAAGGUGAUGCUGGACCGAGAUAGAAACUUCAUUACGGUAAUAUCCAAGACCGUCGUCCACCGUGCGCUCCGUGGAUGUCACGAGUUGGUAUCGGUGAUGCUGAUUGAGGACUUAAUUGACGAGCUGGGUCCUUUAAUUGAGCAGCGACGGUUGAUAGAAGGGGUUUAUAUUGUCUCUCGCGAGACGUAUCAGGCGGUGGUGGGCCUGAUAGUGAAUGGCGUGCAGGCAUGUUCCGCCUUGAUUGACCUGCAAACGGCGACGGAGAUUAGUACUGAGCUUUUUAGCCAGAUAACCGAGACGCCCUUACCUCCUCGGCCUGCCGAAAGUUAUUUCUGGCAGAAUUGUGAGUGGGGCUUGGAUCGCAGGUCUGCUGCUAAAUUUGUGACGCCUCCAAUGUUGGUAUUGGAUGAUGUGCGUAACUCGGACAAUGUGGGUGCGAUUAUGCGCACGGCGUUUUCUUUUGGCAUUCGCUCCAUGGUGGUGACCAAAACGACCAUGUCCGCGAUUGGGUGCCGUUCGGCCCGCACGUCCAUGGGCGCUAUGAAUUUCUUUUCGGUCUACGUUGCUGUCGACCUCGUCGAAACGAUUGGUGUGCUCAAGGCCAAGGGUAUCGAGGUCAUCGGCACCAGUCCGCGUGCCCGCGAGAACAUCACCGCUCGUCCCACCAAGCAAUGGGCUCUCGUGCUCGGAAAUGAAGAACUUGGCAGCUCCGACGCCGUCAUGCACGCCUGCUCUACUCUCGCCGCUAUCCCGCAGGUCGCUGGCGAUUCCUUUUCCGUCUCGGUCGCCGGCGGCAUCUGCGUCUACGAACUCAUGCGCGACCACCUGCAGGCACAACCACCCGGCGCCAUCGGCACCGGCGACUGCUAG